CUCAAAGGGCGAAAGCAAAAACAGCAACAAAGGAAGAUGGCAAGACGAUUGCUACUUUUCCUCCCAGGUCUUGUGGCCAUAUGUGCCGUGCACGGAAUAUUUACGGACAGACUUGCUUCCAAGAAGCUGUGUGCAGAUGACGAGUGUGUCUAUACUAUUUCUCUUGCCAGAGCUCAAGAAGAUUACAAUGCUCCAGACUGCAGAUUCAUUAACGUUAAAAAAGGGCAGUGGAUCUAUGUUUACUCAAAGCUGGUGAAAGAAAAUGAAGCUGGAGAAUUUUGGGCUGGCAGUGUAUACGGCGAUCAACCUGAGGAUGAGAUGGGAACCGUGGGUUAUUUCCCCAGCAACUUGGUCCAGGAGCAACAUGUGUACCAAGAAGCCACCAAGGAAGUUCCCACCACUGAUAUUGACUUCUUCUGCGAAUAAGAAGUUAGACAAAUUUGCAGAUAGAAAGGAAACACCAAAAAUAAAGAAAAAAGUGAAAAUAACCAAAAAA